AUGGGUACCGGGUCAUGCAGAUUCCAAAUUUGUGUUCAUGACAAAAUAUACAACAAAAUGUUGUUACGACGGAGAUUUUGUAAACGAAUGGUGCUAAUGAUAUUUGCAUUUGGACUAUCAUUUUACGCUUCAGUUUUAUUAUUUGGAGGAUUUAGAGGUCCACAAAUUAUGCAACUAACAGAUUUGAGUCGUUGUCCUGCUUGCUUUGGAUUGUCUGUUUGCCCAGAAUUAUAUUCCAACCAAAUCGUACUAGAUUCAAGCCACUGGUCAAGUAUGUUCAAUACCAAAAAUAUUUAUUACGGUUACACCAAAUCAAAUCGUCGCGUUGUAUUAAAGAAAUUAGCACACGACUGGGAAUUUCUGGAAUUUGAUGACAAAAUUUGUAAAGAAUUUAAUUUAAAAGAAAACUGCAAAGUAGUGCAUCUACUAAACGAUACUAAUGUUGAAGAAAAAAUUUUAAGAGUUAUAGAAUAUAAUGUAUCUUGGCCUGACUUAGAACCUAGAAAGGGGCUAGUUUUGUGCCCUUAUACUUACAGUCUUCAUGAUCUCCUAAAUCCCUUAUUAAAUGGUGUUAAGGGUAACCCAAAAUCAGAAAUGUUAAAUAUUUGGACAAUGCUUUCUAUCAAUCCUGAACCAAUAAUCUUACAGUUAAUACCGAGAUCUAAAGGUUGGCCAGUUCCAGCAUUUGGUGGGGUCUGCGGACGUUUAGAAGUAGUGGGUCAUGAGGGGGAGCCUCUUUCAGCACUACAUCAUAUAGAAUGGCACAAGAAACUAAAAUAUGCCCAGAAAAUAUUAAAUGCUGCCAUGGACUUUACUUUUAAACAUGACAGAUUUCGUUUCUAUCUCAUGGAUUGGUCUCUUGACAACAUUGUGGCUAAUGAAAAAGAUGAAAUUACAUUUAUUGAUUUGGAAGACAUAAUUGUUCUAGACAAACACAUAUCUCCAAAGAAGGAUUUGCCUGAUUGGUAUAAGCGUUAUACUCGAGAAGUAUUGGGUACUGGGUUCACAUUCUCUAUAGAAAAUAUGUGUAGACACCAUCUAAGUGACCAUAAUCUGUGGGCUGCUUGCUAUAUACUUGCUGGAGAUGAAAAUCCCUUAUUGUACCCAAUACCUAAGGAUGUUAACUCUUCACGCCCACAUUUUGAUAGACUACUCAAUGCAUGCUUAAACGGGGAUGACAGAUUCCGUACAAUAAGCAAGCUGCAGCAUGUUAUUGAAGAAAUGUUAAUGGAUGAAAAAAUUAAUUCAGAGGUUUUAUUCAUCCAA